UAUCCGAAAAAUAUCGAUAACUCAGGGAUUGGGGAUAAAAAGGACGUCACUGUGACGCGUGUGCAAGGCACCUCCAUUUUCCUCCAGACGGCCACAAAGCCCCAAAAAGGAACGCCACUACUCCAGCUACAGCCAUUUCGCUAGGGAGUUAACUUCGCUAGUAGCAAUUACGCCUAGUCGUAUUUUCAAUCUCGGGAAAAAAACUAUUUGGUGAUUUUGUGUUUAUCAAUUUUUUCUGUUGGAUAUUUUCGGUUCAAUUUUGUGGGAAGUGUUACAAUUACGAUAUUAUUUGAUUUGUAACAAUCAUGGAUGAAAUGGAGAAGGAGGGUAUGACAGUGGAAAUAAUUGAUGGUAAUCAGACCAUUAUUACCGAUGGUAUAUUUUCAAUGCCGCCGAAACUCACACCGACUGGCAAAAUAAGUCACGCCAAAACACGCGUGUACACGCAACGAUACAGAAAAGAGUGGGAACAGAUGCCGGAUUUCAAAGGAUGGUUGACAUCAGUGGCCUCACAACCGACACGUGCCUUCUGCGUCUACUGCAAGAAGAACCUUCACGCCCAUCGUCUGUCCCUCCUGAAGCAUACCUGCACAAUGAAGCACCAGCGAGCAGCUCUGCUAGCCCAGACAGAGAACGCAAAAAAAGGCCACCAUGCGGACGAUCCAGAUAUGCCAGAAAAUCCAGACAGCCCAGAUAAAAACAUCGAUAGCGAGUCGGGCUUCGAGGAAGUGACAGUAGUGGGCUCUCUCAAGAGCCUAUCUCACGAGGAUGACGACGAUAAUGAGGAGUUCGAGUACGUCGUUGAGAGUCUAGAUGCGGAGGAAGAGGACGAGGAGGAGGAGGAACCGAACGAUCAGAAUGAUAUGCAGGUGAGCCAAGAGGAGGACGCAGAGACCUCGAGCUUGAAAUUGAUGUCCGGGGACGAGGGGCCGACCUCGAAGAAAAUUAAGCUGGAGCCCUAUCCCAGGAGGGAUGCCCUCGCCGAGGCAAUGGCCCACGUUCAUCAAGACUAUCUCGAACAGAGUGAGGAUCAUGAAACAGUGGGACUGGACAUGGAGGUGGAGAGUGAAACGACGAUUCUCCCUGAUAAAGACGAUGAUGGCGUUGUCAGUGGUGAUGAGGGACUCGAAAAAUCGACUGUGAAGCGUCUGCAUGGUGAAGAGACUUCAGCUUCACCUCAGGGACCGCAAAUUCUUGCUUAUAAAAUAAACAGUUCAGAUCUCGCUGGGAUAAAUUUGCAGGCAGGCAACACAGUCACCAUUUCCACGAGCAAUAAUAAAACUGUUACACUGAAUGCUGCCAAAGCUGUAACUCUCAAUGCCUCGAAACUACCUGGUGGUGGAGCGCAAUUUGUUCUGAGCAAGGUCAAAGGGAAUCUUCCAGCUCUGGUCAUGGCAGGAUCAAAAACUGGCAAUCAUAAACUGGCUCCUAAGAGGGGACUGAAAAAAAUGAGUCCAGGUAAGUCUGGUGUAACGGUAGCUGGUACCAGUGUGCAAAGUGCACAGGAGAUUCAGAAAAUUGAGACACAGAAGCUGAUGGAGCUGGUGAAGAAUCCUUGCAUUUCGACGCAUGUGCUGGAUACCAGCAAGGGAACUCCAGUUACUGGAUUGCAGGUCAGCUUGUACAAACUUAUGGAUGGACGAUGGACCUUCUUGAAUGAGAGUACAACAAGUGGAAGCGGCCGUUGCACGGACCUCGUGAACACAGGAAAAACGGCAUUCACUGCUGGUCGUUACAAAAUGCACUUCGAUGUCGAUAAAUACUUCACUCUGAGGAGAAUCGAGACGCUGUACCCAUUCAUCGAAAUUGUUUUUGACGUGAAGAAUCCCACUGGAAAUUACCACAUACCGGUUCUAUUGAGUCCAUUCGGCUACACAACGUACAGAGGCACCGAUAGAUGAUUUGUCUUUGGAAGAAAGAUUUGUCGAAAUGCAUUUUUCGCAAUUGACGACUUUAUAUAUCUGUUCCUCCGCGCCUCCGCUCCUGCACAAUUUUAAGAUAAGAUAGUGGAAAUUGUGAUGACCUCCGGCUCGAGGCGUCCAGACGGUGCGCAU